CUCGGAGGAAAGGCCAGAAGGACGACAGGGAGGAGGAGGCGGAGGAGAGGAGGAGGAAGAGGAGGUGCGGGAGGAGUGGGAGAAGGAGCGGGAGGAGCGGGAGAAGGAGCGGGCGGAGCAGGGGCAGAAGGAGCGGGAGGAGGAGGAGGAGGAGCGGGAGGAGUGGCAGGAGAAGGAGCGGCAAGAAACAGGGAGGCGGAGCGGGUGCAAGGUCUUCUCCAAGAUCGACCUCAAGUUUGGUUACCACCAGAUUGAAGUCGAUCCUGCGGACCAGCACAAGACCGCGUUCAAAACGCGCGACGGGCUCUAUGAGUUUCCCGCAAUGCCCUUCGGUCUUACGAACGCACCAGCCACGUUCCAAAGUCUCAUGGACAAUGUCCUCCGCGAACAGAUUGGCCGGUUCGUGGUAGUGUACCUGGACGAUAUCUUGAUUUUCAGCAAGUCCAUGGAGGAACACCUCAAGCAUCUUGACGAGGUACUUGUUGUCCUCAAGAAAACGCAACUCCAUCUCAACUUGGAGAAAUCUGAGUUUGGGAAGGAUAGCGUCAUCUACCUUGGGCGCCGGCUGUCUGCUGUAGGCCUAGAGCCUGAGGCAACCAAGAUUGAGGUCAUACGGGAUUGGCCUCAGUCUCUGAACAUUGGAGAAUUGCAUGUGACAGCGGCACUGUUCUAUCCUGCUUAUGAAGUUAUGCGCUAUGUCUCGGAUGUUCUGCGCAGAGACAUAAGGACAAACAAUUUACCCUGGAGUGAUGAAAUGCGGCGCACGGCACAGUCAGCUCUGUCGGGGCUCAAGAUAGAAACUAUUUAUGGCACCAGGCCAAGGGUCUAUCGCUGCAAAUCGCUGUCUACUCAACCCCUCAGCCAACUCCAGUUUGAUUGGAACGGGAGACCAUCAAGGGUCAUCUCCUACUUUGAAGAGCAGUAUAAGAUCGAGGUGGAAUACUCAUACCUGCCAGCGAUCAAUUGUGGCUCACAGGAUAAACCUAAGUACUUUCCCAUGGAGCUAUGCCGGAUAGCUCCUAAACAAAGGUACACAAAGAAAGUGCAUGACGAUGUGAAGAGGGAGUUCUUGAUGAAUAACUCAUUGCAGCCGUUUCACCGCCUCCGAAAGAUUCAAAAUAAGGGGUCCUAAUAAUAUAAUGGCAAAUUAUGGCGUGUGCUUCUCAAUUCUUCCGAAAUUCUGCCACACAGGGCCAGUCGAUAAACAUGUGAGGCUGCA